UCCCGGUGGAGGCGCACGCGUGUGCGCACCGAAACACUGCCCUCGCCCACCCCUGCUGCCGAGCCUCCCGGGAGCCGACCCCUGGGAGAGACCCUAGGGCGGGACGGGUGCUGUAUCUCCGCGGCCAGAGCGGGCAGCAUGGGGCCCGUGACAGGUGCCCCUUGUCUAGGGCCGUUUCUGGGUGUCUGGGUCGGUCCGCAGGGCGUUAGGAGACGGGGCUCUUGGGCCACCACCCACAGGCAAGCCUUGGAUAUGGGAGCCUUGCGCUGCUGCUCCACCCGGCGACAAGGUCAUUACCGGUGCCUGGUGCCUGGAUCUAGACUCGAGCGGACAUGGGCGCCCUUGCCUCCCCGCGGUUUGUUCGUGGAGCAGCUGUCAGGAGGGAGUAUUUCCUGGGGCCUCUCAAUUGCCCGAAUUCCGUCCCUUCCUUGUUACCCUCUGUACUGUCGAAGGUUGGGUUAAGAAAAAAAAGCUCCGGAAGGUGUAGACCUGGAAUUGUCUUUACCCCAGAAACCUCUGCCCACUUGACAUUUUAUAGUUCCUCCAUCCUAGAGCCACUUAAUGACUCUUGAACCCAGUUAAACAGGUUGGCAGCCACCUAGGGUUUACAAUCUAGCCCCAUGUGGUGCAGAGGAAUCUCAGGGCCCCCUUCCCUUUUUGGGGCAUGCCCAGGCCCCGUGGCUUCCGGGAAUGGCUAAUGACAGAGAGGGAGUAACCUGCGAGGAGUGGUGCAUGUGCGGGUCUCCACUCCCUUCUCCCUUUCUCCCUUUCUCGGACCUACCCAGCUGACAGUGGUGGGGUACGGCAGGAGAGAGAAUUUUCUUACCUGUCUGCUAAAGUUGAAGGGGACCAAUCUAUACCCUCAUCCUGUAAGUUUUAUUCAACGUAUGUUUUCUGUGCCAGGCGGUGUUCUAAGUACUUUACAAAUAUUAACAAAUGUGUAACGACUCCAUGAGGUAGAUUCUUUUAUUAUUCCCCUUUAGAGAUAGGGAAACUGAGGCACUGAGUAGUUAAUAAAUAACACAGCAAAUAAGUGACAGAGAUGGCGUUUGAAUCUAGGCUGUCUUCUCCCUGUGCCAAUGUUCUAAUAACAAUGUAGAGUAGUUCACCCAGCCUGGUCCUGGCAUUGAUUUUGUGUAGUCACAGCUCUCAUGUGCAGCACAUUAGGCAGCCUCUGAAUGCCCAUUUUUCACUUCUCUCUGCAGCGUCCAGCACCUGAGACUUCACAGCGAGGGCAGGGCGGGCAUCCUCCCUGCAGUGCUUGUGGGACACCCGUGGAUUCUCUGUCUUCAGGAGACACAGUCCCCCAUCUGCCCACCCCCUUCCGCUGCCCGUGUCCAACUAUGGGAGACUUAGGAGUCUCUACUAUGCCUGCCUCUCUUACCUGGAAGCAGCUUUGCUCUUACUCAGUAUCCAGGUGACUCCCUCUUCUGGUACCUAAGUUCCCCAUAAGCUUUUGCCACUGAGCCUUAUCAGUAUAGAUUUUGUACCUGAGAACUUCAUGUUUUCAUUCUUUACAGCAGUGGUGCUAAGCUGGGGGCCCUUUAACUGCCAAGGUAAAAUUCAGCAGUGUCUGCAGAUGUGUUUUGAUUGUCAUGUUGGGAGGUGGGUAGUGCUACUGGCAUCUAGUGGGUAGGCGCAGGGUGCUGCUGGACACCCAGCUGUGUACAGGACAGCCCCCCAGCCUCCCACAGCAUAGACUAGUCCCACCCACAUGUUAGCAAUGCUCUACACAGACACCUAUUUGCCUAAUGCUUUCACAUUCUUCCAUCCUUUCACUUAACAACAAUAAACUUACUCUGUGUUUACUGUGUGUCAGGACCUGGGGAAUACAAAAAUGAGUAAGCUUAAGACAGAGAUGUGUUCAACACAGUCAACUUCAGCAGGGCAGACAGAUUUUUAAGUGGAGAGCGAGGACGGACAGGUGCUGUUGUGUGUUUCCUGUGAAGUCCAUGGCGCACUCUCAGCGUGCUCUUUGCAUGGGAGGAGACGGUCCCUUCAGCAUGAGGGGAAUCUUCUGCAGAAGCUCAGCUCCAGCCACGGUGAGCCCGCCAUGGCGACAGAGUCCAGACCCAGAGCAGCCCUGGAAGCCCCGUCCGCAGAUGACCGGCUGGGUCUUCUUGUCAUAAAGGUGGAGGACGGUGAGGCCGGUUGCAGCCGCAGCCCCGCUCCGGGACCCGAGCGAUCCCGCCAGCGCUUCCGCGGCUUCCGCUACCCCGAGGCCGGGGGGCCCCGCGAGGCGCUGGGCCGGCUGCGCCAGCUCUGCCGGCUGUGGCUGCGGCCCGAGACGCACAGCAAGGAGCAGAUGCUGGAGCUGCUGGUGCUGGAGCAGUUCCUGAGCAUCCUGCCCGGGCACCUGCAGGCCCGCGUGCGCGCGCAGCACCCGGAGAGCGGGGACGCGGCGGUGGCCGCGCUGGAGUCCCUGGACAGGCAGCUGCCUGAGCCCAGGCCGCAGGUACCAGGUGGUGACCAGGGGCAGCUGCUGUGUUGCAAGAUGGCCGUGUUGACACCAGCUCAGAGGUCACAAAGUGCCCGGUUCCAGUCAAUGGAGGCUCUGCUCAAACACGAGUGUGUGGGGUCCCAGUCCCCACCAGACAGAGCUCUGCAGGUGCCCGGGCUUGCUGUGGACGGGUGCUGCACAGGACACGCAGUGGUGGCCGCCGGGCUCACCCCAGAGCCCCAGGGGCUGCUGAAAAUGGAAGAUGUGGCUCUGACCGUCUCCCCUGGAUGGACAGAGCUGGCUUCAUCUCAGGUGAACUCGUACAGAGAUGAAAGGCAGGAGGACGGUGGCCCCCCGACCUCCCCGGGUGUUGAAAUACAGACUAAGAUCAGGGACUGGCCUCCUGAUGAGAAGCUUCCAGAAGAGGAGCCUGGGCAGUGCCACCUGGGUGAAGCCGCCGCCCAGAUCCCUGCUGGUGCAGAAGCUGGUGAGCAGCAGGGCAGGUUACACAGAAAGCAGAAAACCACCCCUGGGAGGAGGCGCCACAUUUGCCAUGAAUGUGGGAAGAGCUUUGCUCAGAGUUCAGGCCUGACGAAGCACAGGAGAAUCCACACCGGGGAGAAGCCCUAUGAGUGUGAGGACUGCGGCAAGUCCUUCAUUGGGAGCUCCGCUCUCAUCAUUCAUCAGAGAGUCCACACUGGGGAGAAGCCCUAUGAGUGCGACAAAUGUGGGAAGGCCUUCAGUCAGAGCUCAGACCUCACCAAGCACCAGAGAACUCACACUGGGGAGAAGCCCUACGAGUGUGAUGAGUGUGGGAAGACCUUCAGCCAGAGCUGCAGCCUCCUUGAGCAUCACAGAAUCCACACUGGGGAGAAGCCAUACCAGUGCGACUUUUGUGGCAAAGCGUUUAGGCGGAAUUCCCAUCUCCUGAGACAUCGGCGGAUCCAUAGCGAUAAAAGCGUUCAGGAUGCAGAACACGGGCAGAGCUGGGAGAGUCAGGGCAAGCCGGAGAGCCGCGAGGGGGAUGUUGAGGCUCCCGAGUCUUAUCGAUGUGAUGAGUGUGAGAGGAGUUUCACUAGGAGCAGAAGCCUCCUUGAGCAUCAAAAAGUGCACACCGGGGAGAAGCCCUAUCCGUGUGAUGCAUGUGGAAAAGGCUUCACCCGGACUUCAUACCUUGUUCAACAUCGGAGGAGCCACGUUGGGAAAACUAUUCUGUCUCGGUGACCCGUGUCUUUCGUGCCAAAGUUGAACUGAAGCCACCCUGGAGCCCUCCUGACUACAGAAACUGGGCUGGGGCUGUAUUUCCCACUGCACACCGUCAGCUGUAUGAGGGAAAAUGCAGCGCGUGGCUGAGAUGAAUUAGCGUCUACAUUCUAGCAGGUGACUAAAGAAAAACGUGUUGGAAAGGCGUCUAUGGCAGGGUUGUCUGGAAGAGGCGGGACCUGAAAUGGUUUGCUCUCACCUGCUGGACUUCAAGGGCUUCCAGACUGGCUCACCACCCCCAGCCAUCACUUUACGACAGAUCCUGGGUAGAUGUCUGAUGCGGGGUGUUCUCUGACCCCUUAUUUUCCUGUAUGAACCCCUCACCAGUGAUGGAUUAGUGACGUCUCCCCCUCCACGCCCCCCAUUGUGCCUUGCAUGUAGGUGCUACAAACGUUUAUUAAAUAGACCAGUGCAUUGGCCUUCGUUUCUCAGAAAAUCUGAUGUCUACAUUUCUAGGAAUUUCUUUUGUUGUUUUUUUAACGAUUUUAUUGGGGAAUUGGGG